UUGAUACGAUCUAACAUUUUCGGUUAACAAAAAAAAGAAACGAGAUAUAACGCUAAAGACAUCUGAAAAUGGGACAACAGCAGGGCAAGGACCGACAGCAGAAACUGAAAGGACCCCUUCUGAAGAAAUUGCAAAAGAAAGUCCCGGGAAUGAAGAUAGAAGAAAUUCAAGAAAUUUAUUUAGACUUCAGACGAGAAACAAAAGGAAAGGAUGCACUCAAGCGGGAUGACUUUAUACGUGUUUAUAAAAACGCGUUUGGAGAGAAAGUUGGAUCUUUGGCAAACAGCAUUUUUGACGCUUUCGAUGAAGAUGGGAAUGGAACCGUUGAUUUUGAGGAAUUUCUUGUCGGACUUAGCAUAGCUGAAAUGUCAGCAAACACAGACAGAGAAGGGAAAAUGAAAAGAAUAAGAUGGGCUUUUAACGUGUAUGAUAAAGACGGCAGUGGUACCAUUGAUAAAAGAGAGAUGAGACAAACAGUGAAGGCAGUUGCAGAUGUGUCAGUUUUACCAGAAGAUGCGUUAGAAAAUAAAGAAUCACCGAAUAAAUUUGCUGACAGAUUGUUUGAUGAAAUAGAUGUUAAUGGAGAUGGUGAAAUAACUUAUAAUGAAUUCAAAGCAGCCGCCGAGAGAAAUGCGACUUUGAUAGAAAUGUUAAUGCCAGCCCCUGAAAUUGAUAUAUAGUGUACAGUACUUUUUGCAAUGUUUUCACGAAUACAGUGGAAAUUAUACGUGAUCUUAGUUCUGAAAAGUGGUCAGAAAUGGUUCAUAUAAUUCCAUGGUCUAUCUAAAUAUAUGACCUAUUUGAUUAUAAUUAUGAUCCAUCUAAUUCUGUGAUCCAUUUAAAGCUCUCGUUUAUCUAAAUCUGUACCUGUAAAGAUGAAUAUCCCGAGAGAAGACAAAAAUAUUUUAUCGGAAUACAUACAAUAUGUUUUGAAAGAGUUUAACCUACUAACAGUAACAUUUUUAAAUGUUAUUGAACCCAUAUACACUUUAUUUUGGCUUUCAAACAGAAACGACAAAACACCUUGUACUGAAUGCAAGCAUUUAGCUGCAUAAUUUUCUGUGAUCAAUGCACACAUUUUUGGACUAAAUUACAGGGAAGGUCGAUUUGAAAUAAAAUGAUUUAACGUCGUAGAAAGAUUUCUGUAUCAGUAAACAGAGAAAGGAUUUAUAUCUAUUGAUUUUACACUUGUUGAACAGCUAUACUAGUAAAAAAUGUGUAAUAGCUGUAAUUUAUGAAAAUGUAAUAUAACACGUGUUCCAUUGAGAAGCAAAAGUUUGUACUUGCACAUUAAUUCGUAUUAUAAUGAGAAAUAAGCACGCAAUACAGAUUUUAAACAUGUAUAAUAAGCGAUCUGGUUGAAUCAAUAUUAGCCAGAUUUUUUUGUUAAAUUCUCAAUACGUUUCGAACAAUACUGUCAUGGUAGUUAUCAUUUUAGAUGAUUGUCAGAUUAGUAGGUCGAUAUAAAUAUAUUAUUCAUUAUAUAUUUAUUCGUGAAAUACUGGUAUUGAGAAAUAUUGCUUAAAUAAUUAUACUAAUAUAUUUUU